UUGAUUGUGCUGACAAGUCCCAUCGCGCUGCAAAAGGUUGUUGAACGUGUCGGGUAUUUUGUGUUCUAUCUGGAGGAACAAUCCGAAUGAUUGUAUAAAUCUUAAACGGAUAUGAACAUAUUUUUUGGGGUGAAAAGUAGCAAGAAUAUUCUGUAUUUCGUCGCCUCGAGUGUUUGUGAUGUUAGAAAUACAUGUAAUUAAAAUGUGAAAAAUCACCAUGGAUACAUGAAAAUGGACCCAGUGAAAAUAGCGGUAUUAAUAUUUUCCCUCUUGCUGGGAGCAGAGAACGGAGGAUGUCGAGGUCUUCAUCUCGACGGCGACCAAUGGAUUCGUAUCCGAACUCGCCUGAUGCAUCAGACGAACUUCGUCGGCGUUCGAAUAAACGCACAUGGCGAGCGCGAAACACGAAUCGCCUGCAACAAGACGCUGUAUUUGGAGACGUUUCUCCCUAGCAGGCUACUCGCCGGACUAUGACAUGACGUUACGUCAGGUGACCGACGGCCGGGAUAUACUUCAGGCGGUUUUUCAGGGAGGCGCGUUGAAAGAGUGCGACCUUUCGUCAGACACAAAUCAAAUGUUGGAUUUUAUCUCAUCUUUUAUCAUGGGUGAUAGAGAAAUAUGUAGGGAAGACUUCGGGGACGUGUUUGUUUCCACGUCAAUUACAAACUAUACAAAACACAACAUGUCGCUUGCACAUUUGACGUUCCAAGAUGCAACGGAAUUGGGAGAGCUUGAAGAUUACGUCAACAUGAAAGCGUUACGGAGAGACUGCCGCAAAUUUCUGGUGAAAGCAACCGAAACCGCAGAACAGGAAGCAAAAUCUGGUAACUUCACAGACCUUUUGGCCGAAAUUAUCAAUACACUCGAUCCAGAAAAACUAAACAGCUACAAGGGUAUUCUACCCGCGCCACCUAAAGAAACCCUAUUAACCCCACAAGACCACAACCUCUCGAAACGAUCUGCAGCCGUGCCGGUCAAGAAGAAUCAGCGUUCUAAACGCGGCGCAUUCGACUUUAGCAGCGUUCUCAUCUUUCCUGGCACAAAAUGGUGCGGCAAGGGCGACCUGGCGCAGUGCUUUGAUGAUCUUGGGGACGAUCAUGAGCUGGACAUGUGUUGCCGCGACCACGACUGCUGUCCCUUUGUCAUCCCGCCGUUCACGUCACGUCACAACCUCUUCAACUAUCGCUUGCAUAGCCUGCUGCAUUGCGAGUGCGAUCAGCGGUUUCGUGGAUGUCUGCGUCAGUCCGUGUCCUCGAUGGCAAACAUGAUCGGCAAGAUCUACUUCAACAUUCUGGGCAGCAAAUGUUUCACGUUCUCCGAGGAGGAGGUCUGCGUUGAGCGGUCCUGGUGGGGUCGAUGUCUGCGGUAUGAGUCACAACAGACCGCCCUGCUGGAGAGCCAAGUGGCCUUUAACGAGGAGCAUGCCUUAGAAAAUGUCGCCAUCGAUAACAAAACAAGGCGAAAGUAGUGCGGACUUCGGGACAAUGAAAACGAUAUUUUGCUAAAUGUAUUCAGGUGAAUGACACAAUGCGAAGGACACGGAGCCUUGUUUAUAUGUUCAUGAUUGUAAUUGAAAGGUUUUGCUCGGAGUUGUUUCCACGUAUAUGCCAGCGACAGGUAUGCAAGUACUCGGGUUACUGACAUACUCUUAAUAUCAUUCGGAUAGAUUAUGGGAUUAUUCCAAAAUUCAUAGAGAAUUGCUAGUGGUUUGAUACAAUUGGAGACGAAUUUAUUUGGAAGUUUGUUUCAGUCAAGUGUUCUAAAGGGCUAUUUGUUUAUCAUUUUGCAACAAUAGACUUCACUGUUGUUGACACUGUGUGAAGUCAAUGGCCGAUUCGUAUUGUUAUUAUUAAUGCCAAAUGGUUUGUUAGCAAUUUUGCUCUAACAACUGUUGAAUACUAAGAAUGUGAAGUUCGUUUCUAAAGUUUCAUGUAUUACUCGAAUGAGUGUUAUGGAAUGCAUGUUAAUGGAAUUUACCUUUUAAGUCAUGUUAAAAGGAAAAUAAAUUUUACAAGUGAUAACAUCAAAUAAAUAGAAAUAUUCACACGCAGACGUCAUAAGUAUAUAUUGCUGUCUUAUGUUUAGGUCAUUUCAUUGCUGAUAUUGCUAAUUAUAUGUUGCAACUAAGUGCCUAAUUUUUCUUUAACAUAAUACUAGUAUUAAUUUGUGGUUGUAUGGGGUACCGCAGCACAGUUGAAGGCAAUACACGUUUGGUUGUUAUGGUAAAUAUAUCCAACUAAAGUAUUUAAAGGCGGCUUAAAAUUAAAAAUCUUUAAAACAUAAAAUUGAACAGUUGCACAUUUAAAAGAGUCGUACCAUUUUUAAGCAGACUUACGAAUGUGUUUGUUGAUUAGUUCGGCUACAUAAUUCAAUCCAUCAGGAGUAAGUUACCUAAAGGGUCUGGUUCAUAUUAUCGUUGUUUCCAUAAUAUUUCUUGUCACCUGUGGGUCUUUUCCAUUGUGCCUUAACACAGCCAUGCGGAUUUGAAUCAUUAGAAAUGAUUUGAAUAUUUAGUAAUGAUUUGAAUAUUUUUUCUGCUUUCUCUGUCAAGACUGAACGUUAACAAGAUAAAAUAAUGUCUUAUUUCUCACAUUUGGACUUCCGGAAGGAUCUUCGAUUGAACAAUUUUUAAUACAUAUAAUAUAAUAAAAAUGAUAUCUUAUAAUCUAAGAUAAAUUAAUCUAUUGGUGUACACGCAAUGUUUUUUAAAAUGAUACCAUUUUUACAUUAUUACUGUUAUCAACAUAUGUGUUGCCAGUGCUUGAUUGCAAAUUGGAUAAAAAAAUUAAAUUGCAUACGAGCUCACGGGUAUUUAUUACAUUACCGGGUAAAAAUAAAAUCGUAAUCCUAUUGUAAAAAAAAGACCGAUUGCAAAACAUAGAAGUGGGUGUUUUGCAUUUGUCAUUUCAAUUAUUUACACUCUACUCAUAUUUGUAAACCUGUGUGCUAUAAUGAUUUAUGUUAAUAUGUUGUUUGUUAAGUACGUAACGGGUAAUAAUUAUGUAAAUAAUCUUGUAUAGAUAAUAACAUGUUUUGUAUUAGAAUAAAAUAACGAUAUCAAUUUCAGAUUAAAAAAAAUUGAUACCUUUGUCUUGAUUUGACAUUAAAUGAGAAUUGAGACAACUCGAAUAACUUAAAGGUGAGGACACAUUACGUUUAUUGUGUAAUAUUUAAUACGAGUAAUUGAGGUCAGACAGAAAAACAAUAGGAAGAUGUAAGAAGAUGUAAGCUUAAUAACACUGGAUCAACUAACAAGAACCUACCAGAAUCGCAGCAUGAAUUCAAACAUUCACCGCUAUAGUGGUUUUAGUGAAAACGUCGACAUAUAUCAAACUUGGUUUUGUUAUUAUUGGUUUGUAAAAACGUGAAUGGUAAAUUUAUUCAAAUAGCAUGUUGUCUGAUCAAUACUGCAUAAAGCAUCGUAUUGUAUAUACCAAUAAAUACACAGGAAACAUUAGAUAAACUGCACUGGUUUGUGAACGAUUAUACUCAAAUAAAAACUAUUUUUUUA